UAGGAAAGGGCGUGCGAUGUCCGUAGAGUGAUACGAGCUGUCCUACUGAUACCGUUCACCGUCUCUCGUCGCAACUCUAAAGUGUAUCUUGUUUGUGACAAUAAUAAUAAUAAAAAAAAAACAUAAAAAAACACAAAAAAACAAAAAACAAAAAACUUUAAACAACAACAACACACACAUACACGCAUCACACUUCAAGAAGAAGAAAAUCAAAUAGUCGAAAAUAAUCAUCCACUAAUUUAUAUAUAUAAAAAAAAAUAAAAACAAAACAAAACAAAAAAUAUAUAUAUCAUAAAGGCCUUGUUAAUGUUCACCGCUUUUUAUCGCCAACGACCGCUCAGCCUAAGGUUCUCGACAGAGUUAUCUUGAGAAGCAGCUGCAUCUCGUCUCGUGAAUGUCACUGUAUGAUUAAUGUAGCUUCUGGUCCCGCCGCACGUGUUGAAUCAUAGUGUUGCACGGCUGAGACACGUACGUACAGCGCCCACAUCAGCCCACGAAAGCGAGAGUGAGAGAGAGAGACAGACAGACAGAAGUUAGCGUCGACGUCGAGAAAGAGAAAGAGAGAGAAAGAGAGAGCGAGAGAGAGAGAGAGAGAGCGAGAGAGAGAGAGAGAGAGAGAGAGAGAGAGAGAGAGAGAGAGAGAGAGAGAGAGAGGAAGGUGGCCCCGUACUCCUCCCCCUCCUCCUCCUCCUCCUCCUCCUCCAUCCCUCCUCCAACCUCCUCAUCGGCUGACUGUCGAUCUCUAGCAUUCUGCAACAUUCUAACCCAAUUUCUGUGCUUGAGCGAAGACGAAAAACAACAACGAGCCGUGAAUGUUGCACGAUCAACGAAGACAACCCUCUGCAUUUUCUAAGGUCGUGAUGGUCGCAGCGGCCCCCAGCCAGUCCCUUCGUCAAGUGUAGUGAGGAUCCGCGCCCUCGCCAUGGCGCCGUUGCCCCGCAGUGCCUCCAUCCGCCGCCGCCGCCGGUGGCACGGCCUGCCCCAAGUGGUGGCGGUGACGGCCUUCACCAUGGCCUUCGUCGGAGUGGCCAUGCUGCUGCAGGACACGUCCCCCGUGCACCACAUGGCCCUGCGCUCGGCCCCGCACGGCCCGGGCCGCACCCUCCUGGAGGCCACCACGGAGAUAAUGCUGGAGGAGGAGGACGAGACCGUGUCGCCCACGGAGGUCAGCAACGAGACGAAGCCCGAGCAGAAGGCGACGCCGCUGUUCCCGCCCGACCUGUUCACCAAGGAGCAGCGCAGGAAGGGCGCCAUCCUGCUGCACGUGCUCGGCAUGAUCUACAUGUUCGUCGCGCUGGCCAUCGUGUGCGACGAGUUCUUCGUGCCUGCGCUCGACGUGAUCAUCGAGAAGCUGCAGAUCUCGGAGGACGUGGCGGGCGCCACCUUCAUGGCCGCGGGGGGCUCCGCGCCCGAGCUGUUCACCUCCGUGAUCGGCGUGUUCAUCAGCUUCGACGACGUGGGCAUCGGCACGAUCGUGGGCUCGGCCGUGUUCAACAUCCUGUUCGUGAUCGCCAUGUGUGUGUUGUUUUCCAAGACUGUGCUGGACCUGACUUGGUGGCCGCUGUUCCGUGACGUUAGCUUCUAUAGCGUAGCGCUACUCAUGUUAGUUGUGUUCUUUAUGGACAAUAAAGUGUAUUGGUACGAAGCCCUCGUCCUGUUCGGGAUAUAUAUCCUCUACUGUUCUUUUAUGAAGUGCAACGAGGGCGUGGAGCGACGAGUGAAGCAGGCCCUGAACCGGAACAAGGUGACUCGAGUGUGCUCCACCGAUCAGCUGGUGCCAAAUCACGCGGCGGGACCCCAACCUGCCCAGUCUGGCGGACGUCGACCCAGCGCCCCCGUGCUUCACUCGGGCACCAAGUUCCGCCACGGCCUCCUCCAGCUGAUGAUCCACACCAUCGACCCGCUGCAUGAUGGCAAGGUGGACGAGAAGGCGACGCAGCUGCACGCCAUCGCCUCGCUGAAGGUGCUGCUGGACGCCACCAAGCCCCAGAACGGCCGCGUGGAGACGUACCGCUCGGACGGCCUGGCGCCCGAUCCUCGCCCUGACAAUCAGUCGCACGUAAGUGGCCGCUCGUCGCAGGGCACCGAGGUGACGCACGUCGACUCGCUGGGCUCUUCGGACGCCGCCUCGCAGAGCGGCCCGCACACCAACGGCGACCUGCAGUCCGAGAGCAACUCCGUGGCGAACAAUGUGAGUUAUGGCACCAACUCUGUGCGCAAGAUUCCCAAUAAGGCCCCCCAGAACGGCGACAACAACGGCGUGACCCCGGCGCUGCACGCCGCGGCCCCCGAGGCGACGGACCCGGAGGCCGUCGUCACCACCCCGGCGGCUGACACCGACGACGACGACGAAAACAAGCCGAUUGACCUGAGCUGGCCCAGCGGUUUCCGGAAGCGAGUGACCUACAUCAUCGUGGCUCCUCUGAUCAUACCCCUGUGGCUCACUCUGCCAGACACCCGCACGCCCAGAGGGAAGAAAUUCUUCUUCGUGACUUUCCUCGGCAGCAUCAUCUGGAUCGCGUUCUUCUCGUACCUGAUGGUGUGGUGGGCGGGGCUGGUCGGCGAAGCGAUCUCCAUUCCCCCAGAGGUUAUGGGUCUCACAGUCCUGGCCGCAGGUACCUCCGUCCCAGACCUGAUCACAUCGGUCAUUGUGGCUAGGAAGGGCUUUGGGGAUAUGGCAGUGUCCUCUUCUGUAGGCAGUAAUCUGUUUGAUGUGACGUGCGGCCUGCCUAUCCCGUGGCUGUUGUAUGCCUUAGUUCAAGUGAUCCAAAAUUAUGCGAAUGAAAGGGCAAACCCGUGGUCGGUGGAUCCCAUUUUUGUAAACUCAGAGGGCAUGGCAUGCUCCAUUCUGCUGCUCUUCACCAUGCUCAUGUUCGUCAUUAUCUCCAUUGCUUGUUCCAAGUGGAAGAUGGCCAAAGGUCUUGGCUUUGGAAUGUUCUUCCUGUACUUUGUAUUUGUUGGAGUCUCUCUCAGCUUCGAGUAUGAUGUCAUCACAUGCAUAAUCUGAGAUGCCUGGGGCCAAAUUUUCUACCACUGUGCAAGUGCAUUUGUG